AUGCCGUCGAGUGUGCGGGCCGGGAGCCUGAAGGACCCGGAGGUGGCUGAGCUGUUCUCCAGGGAGGAUCCCGAGAAGCUCUUCACUGACCUGAGGGAGAUCGGUCAUGGGAGCUUCGGAGCAGUUUACUUUGCCCAUGAUAUCCGCACAAAUGAGGUGGUGGCGAUCAAGAAGAUGUCCUAUAGUGGCAAACAGUCCAACGAGAAAUGGCAGGAUAUCAUCAAGGAAGUGAAGUUCCUCCAGAAACUACGCCACCCCAACACAGUCGAGUACCGUGGCUGCUACCUGAGAGAGCACACAGCAUGGCUGGUGAUGGAGUACUGCUUGGGCUCCGCCUCUGACCUCUUAGAAGUUCACAAGAAACCCCUCCAGGAAGUGGAAAUAGCUGCCAUAACCCAUGGUGCAUUGCAGGGACUGGUGUAUCUUCACUCUCACAACAUGAUUCACAGGGAUGUGAAGGCAGGAAACAUCUUGCUCACGGAGCCAGGUCAGGUCAAACUUGGAGACUUCGGCUCUGCCUCUAUUGUUGCUCCAGCCAACUCCUUUGUUGGAACACCCUACUGGAUGGCCCCUGAGGUGAUUCUGGCCAUGGACGAGGGUCAGUACGACGGGAAGGUAGAUGUGUGGUCACUUGGCAUUACCUGCAUAGAGCUGGCGGAAAGGAAGCCUCCUCUGUUCAACAUGAAUGCUAUGAGUGCCUUAUACCACAUCGCCCAGAAUGAGAGCCCUGUGUUGCAGUCAAAUCACUGGUCGGAUUAUUUCCGCAAUUUUGUCGACUCCUGUUUGCAGAAGAUCGCCCAGGACAGACCUACCUCUGAUGUGCUGCUCAAGCACCACUUCCUAUGCAGAGAGCGUCCCAUGACAGUCGUAAUGGACCUGAUAGCCCGCACCAAGGAUGCUGUCCGGGAGCUGGACAACCUUCAGUACCGGAAGAUGAAGAAAAUCCUCUUCCAUGAGGCGCACAAUGGUCCCGCACCGGAGGGAGGUGAUGAGGAAGAGGAUGUGGAGCAGUAUAUGCUUCGCACCGGCACAGUCAACAGCAUGGAGAGCUCCCACUCGCUGCCAUCCAUGUCAAUCAGCGCCAGCUCCCAGAGCAGCUCGGUCAACAGCCUGGCAGACGGCUCUGAUGACAGCGGGGAGAUGGCCAUGAUGCAAGAGGGAGAGCACACCGUCACCUCCAACAGCUCCGUCCUGCACAAACCCCUGAGCCAUGACAACAUCUACGAUGAUCCCUAUCAGCCAGAGAUUGACUCACAACGGGAAGCUUCUUCUGCUGGUGUUGUUGUUGUUGGUGGUGUUGGAGGUGGAGGAGGUGGAGGAGGAGGAGGAGGAGGGAGGCGCCGUCGAGGAAGAGACCAUUUUGCCACCAUCCGGACGGCCUCGCUUGUCACUCGCCAGAUUCAGGAACAUGAGCAGGGUUCGGCCCUGAGAGAGCAGAUGUCUGGGUACAAGAGAAUGCGGCGGCAGCACCAGAAGCAGCUGAUGGGCCUGGAGAACAAGUUGAAGGGAGAGAUGGACGAGCACCAGCUGAGACUGGACAAAGAGCUGGAGAAUCAGAGGAACAGCUUCUCCAUGGAGGGAGAGAAACUCACCAAGAAGCACCAGGCUAUUCUGGAGAAGGAGACAAAGGCAGUCCUGACUGAGGAGAAGAAGUUCCAGCAGCACAUUCUGGGCCAGCAAAAGAAGGAGUUGACCAGUUUGCUGGAAUCCCAGAAACGACAGUACCGACAACGCAAGGAGCAGCUCAAAGAGGAACUGAAUGAGAACCAGUCAACACCAAAGCGAGAGAAACAGGAGUGGUUGGUGCAUCAGAAAGAGUGUAUGCAGCAGCUACAGGCGGAGGAGGAGGCCGGCCUGCUGCGACGGCAGAGGCAGUAUUAUGAGCUACAGUGUCGCCAGUACAAGAGGAAGUUGGUGCUGACACGCCACAACCUGGAGCAAGACUUGCUGCGAGAGGAAUUGAACAAGAAGCAGACUCUGAAGGACCUGGAGUGUGCCAUGCUGCUGCGUCACCAUGAGUCCACGCAGGAGCUGGAGUUCCGCCAGCUGGGUUUGGUGCAGCACACACGGGCCGAGCUCAUCCGCACGCAGCACCAGACAGAGCUAACCAACCAGAUGGAGUAUAACAAGAGGCGUGAGCAGGAGCUGCGUCAGAAACACGCGGUGGAGGUCCGCCAACAGCCCAAGAGCCUCAAAGUGAGUGAGAGCACCCAGGGCCAGGGGUCUCCUGAGGAGGGAGAGAGCCAGACAACCGAGGGGCCGAGCAGCAGCUGGGACAGUGAGGCAGGGGUGGUGGAGGUGGAAGAAAUAGGAGAGGAGAAGGAGGCGGUAGCUAAGGAGAUAAAUCAUGUUGAGGUUGACGGAGGAGAUAAUGUGAUUACAAGAGUAGAAAAGGAGGAAGGAGAGAAUGUCCCUGAGAGGAAAGAUGAGGUGGCUGAUGAAAAGGGAAACGAUGACGUAGAAGAUGAGGGUGAGAAGGAGGAGUGGAAAAUCAGUGAAGAAGGUGAAGAGGUGAGGGAAGUAGAGGGAGGGCAGUGGGAGUACGAGGAGGACCACGGUAAAACUGCACAUGUAGAUUCUGAUGAGGAGGAAGAGGAGGGCAGGGGCGUGGCCGAUGGCUGUCCAUCAGAUCUCAUCUCAUUCCUGUCCCCAGAAAAGAGACGCGUCCAUCAGCGGCAGAUCGAUGAGCUCUCUGAGUUUUAUUUCCCCGAAACACCAGAGGAGCUGGAGCCCAUACCCAUUUCCACCCCUCCUCCCCCUCCCCCCUCCCAGACUUCCUUCCCCUCACUCUUCUCUCACGCCAUCUGCCUCCUCCUCUCCCUCUCCGCUGCUGCUCAGCCCUCCAACCUCACUUUGCUGUUACUCUCCAUCUUCCUCCUCUCCCUGCGUCGUUCCCCUCCUCUGCCCUCGGUGGCCUCUGUGGUUCUCUCCGCGGAGCUUGCCUUAUUGGCGCUCUUCUUCUCGUACCUCUUCCUUCGCUCCUGCUGCUCUCUGUCUCUCUCCACGUACCUGUCGCUGAGCCUCUGGGCCAGCGGCCUCUUCAGUUUAGGUAUCUCCCUUAGUUUGGGGAUAUAUUAUAUCCCCAUGAUUUUGAUCUCAGCCUCCUUCCUCAGCUCUCCCUCUCUCUUCCUCUCCCUCUACUUGGUGGUGGUGCUGAUUGUCAGGCCGGCCCGUGACUUCCUCCAACACGCACCCCGCAAAGUCAACCGUCUCUGCAUGCGAGUCCUUUUCCGCCUCCCCAGACCCCUGUUUGCCAUGUGCCAGUCGGUCUUAGGUGGUAUGGCUGAGCGUAACCUGUAUGAGAUGUUUCCCAAAGCAGGGCGCAACUGGGGUGUGCGUCAGUCCAAAAUCCCAGUCCCCCUGAAGAGCUUACCUUUAGAGCAUCAAGCUCGCUGCAGCAACACCUCUCCCUGGGCCAAGGGUCUGCUCUGGGUGAGGCGUUUCACUAGACGCCCCCUUGGGGUCCUGGCAGAUCUUGCUAACUCUAUAGUGCUAAAACUAGCCGGACAGGCGCUUCAGAAGUUGCCAGACAGUGUCCGGGUCAAACUCCAAUAUCUGGGUCUCUUGAGGAAGCACAUCCCGAGUAGGUUGCCACGACUGCUGCCCAGGGAGGAGCGGGAGAGGAGACAGAGGGAGAGGAGGAGGAGAGAGAGGGAGAGACAGAGGAGGGAAGAGAGGGAGAGGAUGUUUCGAGAUGAUGCCAGGUGGGAGUGUGGGUUGAGGCGAACUUCUUCUGGGAGGUUUGUCAGAGGGAAAAUUCGGCCGUGGAGAUAGCGAGAGAAUAAUCGAAGGAUUGAGUGGGAAUGUGUGCUGCUGGUGCGUCUGCGUGUGUUGAUGCAUGUGUGAGUGCGAUCAUGUUUUUUUGUUCCAUUGUUGGACCAUUGUUUGUGUCUUUUUGAUUUGGACCCACGUGUCUUUUGUUACAUGAUUCCCUGACUGGUUUUUGGUCACAUUUCUCGAAGAUGAGUUAUAUUUGAGGCACAAACAUGUGUCUGUACAUUAGUGUGCGCUGGCUGGAGGGUUUUUUAUGUCGAAGUUCAUCCAAACAAGCGUGCACAUGCACACAAGCCGUACUGUUUUAUCAGUGGGCUCUGCAAACGUAAACAUGCAGCUGACCCCACGGUUACUGUACCAACCCCAGUGAAAUUUUAACAUUUCAUUAUUGUGCUUUUUGUAAAAGUUCCUUGAAGUUUCUUUUAUUUUUAUUUUGCUCUUAAUUUGUAAGACAAAUGUUUUUAUGGUUAUUUUUAAGACCGUUUUUGUGCAAUGGUUCAUUUUCCUUUUAUAGUGGUCUUAUUUGAUGAGGUCUCAUUCGCGCACUGUUACCUUAGUGCUGAGAACAAAUAUCACAGUGUUGCGUAGGUUAAUAACUACAUUAUGAUUUCACUCCCCAAAGCUCAAAACUGUGAAAAAAGAAAAAAAAAAAGAUGCUCAAUAAUUUCACUAACUUCAAGCUGAACACUAGCCUGAACUCAGUCAGUAUACAAGUGCAAUAAAAAGCUAAGGAGAAAUAUAUGGAACCACUGGAAGACGUCUGAUAUUUCGGUUUCUUUUAGAUGUCAAAGUGGUGAACAAUUAGCAGGAGGACCUUUAUAGGAUAAGUGAAGUUGAUUUCAUGUUUAGAUAUUAUUAGAUAUUAUUUACAGCUCGUUGAAUCAUUAUCUCUCAGAUUGUAGUUGGAUAAACUACUUUUAUUGCGCUUUAUGCAGUAAUCUUCUUAUGAUUUACCAUGUAAACAUUUAGAUUUUCCCUUAAUCAUCCUUUAAAUCUACAGCAGCUGAGUGCCUAUAGUUACAUAAACAGUCUGCUGUGAAGUGACGUAUCCUGCAUUUAUAGUGAACACAUAAGAAAGCAGUUUUACUCAGCGUAGUAAAAGUAUUAUAAUAUAAUAAAAACCUAUUUAAUAUUGCAGCUAAUCUUGUUGAUAUGAAGCCAUAGACAAUCGUUUGAGACAUGCAAUCGGAAAAUCAGUCCAAAGAUUGAUGAAACUACUGAAUGUGAAUGAAGAGAUCCAGAUGUUUAAUUUUGCACCGUCUCAAAGACCAUUCGAGAUCAAUACAGGAGAACUGAUCAUCAGUUUAUUGAAACGUUUAUGAAAAUCCAUAAACCAAAGAAGUAAGUGAGUUUACAUUGAUAAAUGAAAUAUUGUUUGAUCUGAGAAGCUGGAACCAGAGAAUGUUUCGUAUGUUUUCACCAUUUUUGCUUUAAAACAUUCAUGAAAACAUUAAAUGAUUAGUUCAUUAUCAAUUAUCCAAAUGUAAAUGGUUGCUGAUUGAUUUCUGUCAGUCAAACCGAAGAGAAAGAAGCUAAUUGUUUGAAUGAAAAACCAAAAGGCUUUUGAGUGCACAUUUAAUUGAGAUGAAGAAAAAGGAAAGUCAGGCUGAAGUGUGUCGUGCAUAGAUCUGGGAAUAUGAAGAUUAAAAAUGUUGCAAGUCUACAAGGGAAGUCUAGUUAAACAAUUCAAAUGCACCAGUGCUUAUAAAAGCUGUAGAAGAAAAAGAAAAGUGCCGUCGUUUGAGCCAUUCAAUCUUAACUUUAUCGUGACCCGGGCGAACAAAGAAGUCAGGCACUUCUUUUUAUGAAUGAAUUGCAUUUGGGUAAUCUAGAUUUUAAAAAGAAAGUAUAUUAUUAUUUGAAUGUAAUUUGUUUUUUGCCAUUGAUUUACAUUUGUGUCCCAGUUAUUCCCUGUUCCUUUGUGUAUGUUUACAUGUUCGUGUUUUGUUGUGACACCGUCUGUGUUUUGAGUUUCCACAGAGUUAUAUCACAUUGACUUUUUUUUUUU